GGGGCCUGGCGGUGUUGGCGCUCGCCUCAGCCGCGGCCGGGCGGGUGCCGUGGGCGGCAGCAGCCGUCUUGCUUGGCGGAGGCGGUGUCCGUGUGUGAAGCGCCGAGAAGAUGGCCGGGCAGUGAGGGGCGGCGCUUGCGCCUGGUGACCUCGGAGUAAGCGACUGAGGAGCGAGGGGCGCCACCGCGGUUCGGCGGGGCCUGCUCCCCGCCCCCUCCCGCCGCUGCCGGCCCGCGCACUUCCUCCUCGGCCCUCCCCUAUCGGGUGCGGGACUCGCCUGGUGCUUAGCCACCUCAGGGAACAGCGGGGCUGUAACCGCCGGGGCGGAGAGCCAGGCGCAGUCCGGGUCCCGCGUCCGAUAUGGAGAGAGCGGCGGGGGUCUCGGCCAGCCGCAACAGCAACAUUCGCCGCUGCCGCGGCUUCGUGCACUAGAUCGAGGAAGCCGACGCCCGAGCUGUCGUCCUUGCUGUCGCCGCUGCCUCCGCGCCGGGCGCUGUGAUGGAGUAAGGGCCCUGCUGCCGGUGAGAAGCGUUCCCGCCCCUUGGACCGGGCCGGGGCCUGCUCCCGCCCAGCUCGACCUGAAGGAGGUACCUCCGCGUCCGGAGAUGCAGCUCGAGCGAAGGCCGCCCGCCGAGCCGCGGGGCUAGACUGAGCACCCAGUCUCGGCCCGAGCGCCGAAGCCGCCACGUUCUGCGCCCCGCGGCCGCCUGGGACAAACUCGAACGCUGGUUUCUUCUGUACUUUUUUUUUCGGUCUGCAAGUCUCAGGGACGGAGGAGGGGCGUCAAGGCCCCAUGUGUGGGAGGAUAACUUCAGCUCCGCAAACUUGCACGGAUUGUGAUUACUACUUUGGCCAGUGGUUCAGCUCUGAUUUCCUCCGAAUUGUUGCAAAUUCGCCAUUGUUCCCUGGCUGCUUACAAAGUUGGAUCCGGAAUUUCUUUUCAACCGGGAGCCAACGGUGUCGAAGUGUCUGCAAUGAACCCCGUGAAUGCUACUGCUCUCUACAUUUCCGCGAGCCGCCUAGUGCUCAACUACGACCCCGGAGACCCCAAGGCGUUUACCGAGAUUAACAGGCUCUUGCCUUACUUCCGACAGUCCCUCUCGUGCUGUGUUUGCGGACAUUUGCUACAAGAUCCUAUUGCACCCACCAACUCCACCUGCCAACACUAUGUCUGCAAAACUUGUAAAGGCAAGAAAAUGAUGAUGAAACCUUCAUGUAGCUGGUGCAAAGACUAUGAGCAGUUUGAGGAAAACAAGCAGUUAAGCAUUCUAGUGAACUGCUACAAAAAACUAUGUGAAUAUAUAACACAGACUACAUUGGCACGGGAUAUAAUAGAAGCAGUCGACUGUUCUUCUGAUAUUUUGGCUUUGUUUAAUGAUGGAUCAUUGUUUUGUGAGGAGACAGAAAAACCCUCAGACUCGUCCUUUACUUUGUGUUUGACACAUUCCCCUUUACCUUCGACCUCAGAACCCACAACUGAUCCUCAAGCUGGUUUAUCUCCAAUAUCUGAAAGCACCCUCAGCAUUGCUAUUGGCAGUUCUGUUAUCAAUGGUUUGCCUACUUAUAACGGGCUAUCAAUAGAUAGAUUUGGUCUAAAUAUUCCUUCACCUGAACAUUCUAAUACGAUUGAUGUAUGUAACACUGUUGACAUAAAAACUGAAGAUCUGUCUGACAGCUUGCCACCUGUCUGUGACACGGUAGCCACUGACUUAUGCUCCACAGGCAUUGAUAUCUGCAGUUUCAGUGAAGAUAUAAAACCUGGUGACUCUCUGUUACUGAGUGUUGAGGAAGUACUCCGCAGCUUAGAAACUGUUUCAAAUACUGAGGUUUGUUGUCCUAAUUUGCAGCCCAACUUGGAAGCCACUGUAUCCAAUGGACCUUUUCUGCAGCUUUCUUCCCAGUCUCUUAGCCAUAAUGUUUUUAUGUCUACCAGUCCUGCACUUCAUGGGUUAUCAUGUACUGCAGCAACUCCGAAGGUAGCAAAAUUGAAUAGAAAACGAUCCAGAUCAGAAAGCGACAGUGAGAAAGUUCAGCCACUUCCAAUUUCUACCAUUAUUCGAGGCCCAACAUUGGGGGCAUCUGCUCCUGUAACAGUGAAACGGGAGAACAAAAUUUCUCUUCAACCUAUAGCAUCUGUUCCCAAUGGAGGCACAACACCCAAAAUCAGCAAAACGGUACUUUUAUCGACUAAAAGCAUGAAAAAGAGUCAUGAACAUGGAUCCAAGAAAUCUCACUCUAAAACCAAGCCAGGUAUUCUUAAAAAAGACAAAACAGUAAAGGAAAAGAUUCCUAGUCAUCAUUUUAUGCCAGGAAGUCCUACUAAGACUGUGUACAAAAAACCCCAGGAAAAGAAAGGGUGUAAAUGUGGGCGUGCUACUCAAAAUCCAAGUGUUCUUACAUGCCGUGGCCAACGCUGCCCUUGCUACUCUAACCGCAAAGCCUGCUUAGAUUGUAUAUGUCGUGGCUGCCAAAACUCCUAUAUGGCCAAUGGGGAGAAGAAGUUGGAGGCAUUUGCUGUGCCAGAAAAGGCCUUGGAGCAGACCAGGCUCACUUUGGGCAUUAAUGUGACUAGCAUUGCUGUGCGCAAUGCUAGUACCAGCACCAGUGUAAUUAAUGUCACAGGGUCCCCAGUAACGACGUUUUUAGCUGCCAGUACACAUGAUGAUAAAAGUUUGGAUGAUGCUAUAGACAUGAGAUUCGACUGUUAAAUCAGUGGGUCUUUAAACCUACCUCUGGUAGGGAAAUAGCUACAGUUUAAGGCAGCUAUGGUUUUGUUGGUUUAACUUGCCGGAGCUCCUGCAUAUAGAUCACUUGUAUCAAGUGUUUUCAUUGCUAAGUUAUAUGUGUUAGUGUCGGGGAAAUAGUUUGCAGAUAAUGGAGGAGUAACCCUACAACUACAUGUCCUUAGUUCUUACAGAACCUCAUAGUUUGAGAACAAAUUCUGAUGCAAAUGAUUUAUACAAAAUGAACUUUGGCAAGGAAAGUAACAUUAACCUCAUUGUUUAUGGUCAUGCUUUGUGCAUAAUCAAAGUUUAUGAUUAAAUGUAAGGAAGUGGUAUCUAGUCAGUCCAUGAAGAUUGUGCUAAGUUUUUGUGGAAAAGUAGCCAUUAGUUUGUUCAGGAGACUCAGUGCUGCCUUCAGAUGCCAUUGAUGUUUCUCCUGUUGAAAAGCUGAUGUGUCCAGCUCAUCCUUUAUGCUGACAUAAUACCAUUUCUGAUCAUGAAAAUUGGCUACUGGUGUAUGUAGCAGUUCUUAAAUCAGCAGUAUUAUGAAAGAAAAUUUGCCCCUCAUUAGAAUGUUGAAGAAAUCUGUCCUUUAAAAGUGAACAAACUGAAAUUCUGUCAGACUUCAGGUGUUUAGCUGUUUAUGCUACAAAACUCCAAAUUUGGAGUUGAGCCCCUUUUUUAUUUGUCUGACUCAUUUCUAGGGAAAAACAUUCUUAAUCCUUCAGUAUAAGCAAUGUUCUAAUUAGAUGAAUGAAGUGGAGAAGAGUUUUAUUCUGAAGACUAUAAUAUGUGACAGAAUUUUUAAAAUUAUAAAAGUUUCAUUUAGAAAUUGGGAUGUAUUUAAAAUAAUUUUGGAAUAAUGCCCCAGAACGUAUCUAGAUUUGUGCAUUAUACUUAUUGCUAUUGGCCACUUCUUUGGUUUUUUUGUUUCCUCUAAUAGUUUGCCACAGACUUUAUUUUAAAUAUGCUUUUUUUAGGGUGCUGUUAGGAAGGCUUCCUUAUAGAGGCCUAAUAAAAAUACCUUUUUAUGAAGCCUGUGCAUUUAGGUAGGUUUGAAGCUGGGAUUUUCUUUAGAAUGCUCUUUUGCAUGUAAAGCACAAACUAUGUUUCAGUUUAAAUGCACUUCCCUUUAAUUUUUAUGGGGAAGAUGAGUCACAAACAUUCUGUUGAAGGGAAAUCUAGUCAGUUGCUUGAAAGAGCACAGCCCAAAUAAAAUAAGGACUGACUAGGUUGUAAAGAAAUGAUUUUAUGAUUUAAAAGAAGAGUUGCUGCUUUGACAGUGCUUAUUUAAAGAAAAAUACUGCUGGAAAACUUCCAACAUCUACUUACGUUCACCAUCUCUCGUGAGAUCUGACAUACAUUGAAGUUAUGUUUUGAUUUGGCACACAGCAUGUUCAAUGAUGGUUACUCACCUAGAAUAAGACAUGGAGAAGAACCUUUUGGACACAGAGCAGAUGACACCUCCUUCUGUUUUGUAGUGUAUCCUGGUGUCAUUUUCUGUGAAUGUGGUCAGGUAGAGUUGUUUUUGUUGUUGUUGGGUUUUUU